AUGCUUCCCAAUUUCUUGGGGCUUCUGCUUCUCACUGCAACUGGUCUUGGCUUUGCCGCUGAGGUCAAACAGGUGAGCAAGGAGACUUAUCUCUUUUUUCAUUAACUUCUAAGACAAGGAUCUCACAUUACUAAACUUGGAACGUCAUCUUUUUAAAGUUUUAUUUUUAGUCCUAUUGUGAAGCCUAUUCCACUUGUCGCCAAAGUGCGUUAAACCGUCUGAAGUCCUGUAAAGAUGGAUACUCGGCUUAUUUCUUUGGCCGAAUCUCCACAUCAGAUGUCCAAGUAGAUCCAUUAGAUCGUAUUCAUUGCGAAAUGUGUAAGUUUAAUUUUUAAAUUUAAAGGUUCGAAUUUUAGCCUUCAAACGAGCUAUUGUAAAUCUUGAAAAUCUUUAUUCGACCAUCGAAAGAAACGUUCCAAAAUGCACCGAAAACUCAGAUAAAGGAUCAAUUGAAGACUCGCAAGUUCUGACUUGUGAAUCCUUGAAGAUUGAACUCCCAUCCACUGGGCAGAAUGACUAUUGCGUCAAGACUUACGAAGAGGAUCUUAAAUUUUGCCAACAGUUGGAACGAUGUUGUCCCGGAUAUAACAAGUAAGUAAAGUGAUGAUUGAAUAAUAAAAUUGCCUUAGGUGUUACGCUCAGGUGCAUGAUGAAUCUGGGGCUUUCCAAAAGGAGAGACUUCUGACUGAGAAGUACAACGAAUGUUUGGCCCAUCCCACCAAGAAGACCUACUUGGCCGAUGCGCUGAUUCGAAAAGCCUUGGCAGCUACAGCACCUCCACCAACAGAAGCGCCUUUCGCCCAAGCCCCUGCUGAAGAAGAAAAGAAAGAAGAGAAAGUAGAGCAAGUAAAAGAAGAAACUAAAUUUGAGCAGGCUCAAGAACAAAAUAAAGAUGACGACGUCAAAGAGGACAAAAAAGAGCAACCUCAGCCAGAAAAAGAGGAAAAAUCUGAAGCCAUUCCUCCUCAGGAAGCUCGCCAAGAACCGGAAAGUGCUGCUGAAGUCUUCGAUGACAGACCGCCAAAACAGAAUACGGAGAAAGAUGUUGACUUCAAGGCGGAAGAGCCACAUCUCAGCUUCUCUCACGACAAAAAGACCAUCAGACAAAAGAAAGUGAGAUAUGAUGAGGAAGAAGAAGAUGAUGAGGAAGAGAUUAUCCAACUUCCAUUACCCGAAGGAAACAACUCAUUGUCGAAACUAAAGCCAAUCCUUCAGAUGAAUCAGACCGAAUUGGAAAUAGUGGAGAAGGCCCGAGUGAAAGCGGCUAUCAAGGAAUUAAGAGAUUCGGCCAAGAAAAACGUUCAGAAAGACGUUGGAAGAAAGGAGGAAUUAACCACUGAAAAGGUAAAGGGAUCACUUGAAUUGUAAGCAAGGUCUUUCAGAAAGUAAUCCACAACAUUAUGUGCUCCCAAUUCUUGGAAUGUGCAGCUGUCGUGGAGAAGUUUGAUGACGAUUGCGAGAUUCGCUUCCCGGUUGACAGAGAGACCGUCAAGGGAAUUCCCAACAGACACAUCCGAUGGCAUUUCCUCAACACUUCGACCACCACCGAUGCCCAAAUCCAACAACACUGCCUGAACAAUGUUGAUCCUAUCAGUCAAGCUCAGGUAAUUACUAUUUGUAUUAUACGUUCUUCUCCCGUCCAGACAGCGUUGUUUAUCUGCCAUAGCCAAUUCGAACUUAAAUUCCAGAUUGAAGCUCUGCAAAACGUAGUAAACGCUCAAAACGAAAAGUGCACACGAGAUCAAUCCGUCGGGCGAAAGACUGCGGAAGUAAGUCGAUAAGAAAUAUUUCCAAAAUUUUGUUUUUUUAACUCCCAAUCUCUAAAACACUUCUCACAAUGCUUGUAUUCCAGUUCGAUGGUUGUGAAAACGUCGGUCUUGUAAACGAAUUGGUCGAGUUGGCCAAGAUCCCAUUAGAUGAAGACCCAAAACUAACUAACGCCGAGAAACAACAAAAGUGCAAAGCGAGACAUUCGGACUUUGGUCGUCGUUGUCGUGCCUUGAGAUCGUGUUGUCCUGAUACGCUUGUGUAAGUACAGGAACUUUUUCAUUCACGUCUGUACUUUUAUUUUUCGCUUCGCUUAUUAUCAUCAUCGUUUUAGUUGUGACCAGACAAACCAGAGUAAAGAAGCUAAAGAACUGAGACAAUUGAAGAAUUCGUUGAAGGCGGAACAGCGAUUAUGCGAGGCUAGACUCCAUCGUACACAAAAAGCAGCACAGUCUGGACUGGCCGGAUUGGCUGGACUCAAUCUUUAA